AUGAAUAAACUAUCAUGUUGUUAUGUUCGCUAUUGUAAGACUUUAAGUAAAAUAUCAAAUGUUAUGAAGACUUCCCAUCGUUCGUUUUACAAGUAAAUACACAUUGAUAAAAUAAUAAAUAAAAUAUUUAAUAGGUACUUACUACCUAAUUUGUAAAUUAUUAUAAAUUUAAAAUUAUGAUCAUAAUAAAUAUAAAUUAAAAAAAUAUUUUAUACUUUCUGUUACUUAUCUAAAUAAUUUUUAUAGACAUUUUACAAAAAAAGAUGAAACAUCACUUGAUCAAUUAAAAAACAUUUACAAAUUAAAACUUCUACCUCUUGAAAAGCGCUACUUAUAUCAUGAGUUUCAUUUGCCUCCGUUGACUGAUCAAGACUUUGAUGCGAAACCAAUGGUUCUAUUUGUUGGCCAAUAUUCUACUGGCAAAACAACCAUGAUUAAGUAAAUAAAAAAAAACUAUUUUUUUUUUUAACUUAUAGGUAAACUAUAAACUAGAUAACUAGUUUAAAGAAAUUUUAUAUUUGAAAUAUUUAGGUGCCUACUUAAGUACAAAUUUAUUUCAUCACUUUUAGAUAUCUCAUUGAAAAAGACUAUCCGGGUAUCCGAAUAGGUCCAGAACCAACAACAGAUAAAUUUACGGUAAUCAUGGGUGGCGAUAAAGAACAAUAUAUUCCUGGUAAUGCGCUUGUAGCUGAUCCAUCCAAACAGUUUAAUGACUUGUCUCGAUUUGGAAAUAAAUUUUUGACAAAACUACAAUGUGCAAUAGUGGAUUCUCCUUUAUUAAAUUGUAUUUCAUUUGUCGAUACGCCUGGUAUAUUAUCAGGCGAAAAACAAAGAUCUCAGCGAGAAUACAAUUUUAAUAAUACAUUAAAUUGGUUUGCUGAAAGAUCAGAUAUGAUAAUAUUGACUUUUGAUGCUAAUAAGUUGGAUAUAUCUGAUGAAUUAAAGGCAGCUAUUGAUAUAUUAAAAGCUCAUGAUAGCAAAUUAAGAAUUGUUUUAAAUAAAGCUGAUACAAUUGAGUAAGUUUAUAAAUCAUUUUAUUUAACUUUGAAUACCUAGAAUUUAACAACUUUAUUAUGAUGUCUAUGUAAACAUUUAAUUGGAUUCUUUUAUUGAAUUUGGUUUUUAAUUUAUAAUAUUUAAUUGAUACAAAUCAAAAGAAAAUGCAUUUAGUUAGAGAUAUAUAUUUUUUUUUUAAAAUAAAGAAUAUCAAACACAAAUCAAGGAAAUACCUGUGUACUUGUUUGAUUUUUUUUAUUAAAAUAUAAUAUGUUUGACCCGAUUUAUUGUAAUAUGAAAUAAAUUGUUUUAUGUAAAAUAAAACUAAACUGAAAAUGAAUUAUAAUAAAAUAGUUAAAUUUAAAAUAUAUAUACAUAUAUAAUUUGAUUAUUUUAUAUAUAUAUAUAUAUGUGUGUUUAUCAAUUUUAAAUAAAUUAAAUGGAUAUUGUAACAAAUUUAUUUUAUGCAUUCAGGGAAAGAGCAUUUCAUAGAGUUCACGGUGCACUUAUGUGGGCUCUUGGAAAAACAAUUGACUGUCCAGAAGUUCCAAGAGUAUAUGUUGGUUCAUUUUGGGAUCGGCCUUAUAAAAAUGAUAAUUAUAGAAUGUAAGUUUAUAAAAAAUUAAUUUAUAGUUAAUAAAUUCUAUAUAACAUUUGAAAUAAAGUGGAUUCCGAUGUUCAGACUUUAUAUUUUGCUUUUUUCUUCUUGAUGUAUAAUAGUGGUUUUUUAUUAUUUUAAAUUAUUAUAAGUAUACAAAUGUUUUAGUAUGUUUAAUGAAGAAGAAAAUGAUUUAUUUCAAGACAUGAAGUCUCUUCCACAGUAUUCAAUUGUAUCUAAAUUGAAUCAUAUUGGAAAGCGAGCAAAAUCAGUCAUAGUAUAUUAAAAUCAUAUGUUUAUUUAAAUGUGUAAAUAUUUUAUCAGACAAUUAUUAUUUUAGGUGCAUGCAUACAUAAUAAGUGAACUUAAGUCGCGUAUGCCAUUACUAUCAAAAGUUAUAAAAAGAAAAAACUAUCAAAAUGAGAUAAUAAAUAAUUUAGAAAAUGUAUAUAACGAUAUCCAAGUUAAGUACAAAAACAUAAGCUUGGGUGAUUUUCCAGAUGUAGAACAGAUGAAGGUUUAUAAAUGAUUUUUAAAUAACUUCAGCAUUUUAAUUUAUAAUUAUGUUUCAAUAGGUAGUGUUAAAAAAUCGUGAUUUCUCUUCUUUUAAGUCUUUGGAUGAAAAAUUAAUAAACCGUGCAACAAAUUUAUUGGAUGGACUUAAUAUAGAUAUUGCAGUAAAUGAAAUAGAAGUAAAAAGUAGGUUUAGCGUAAAAAAAUAAUAUAUAUAUAUAAGUACCUAUAUAAUUAUAUAUUAUUUAUAUUUUAUAUCAUAAUUAAGAUUAUUUAAGAUAAAAUAAUUAAAUUUAAGUCCUAUAAAUAAGAGCUGAUCCAGAAAAAGAUAGUGGGGAGAAGGGUGAUUUUAAAAAUAAAUAUAAGGUACACAUUUACAAUGAGCUCAAUGAUAAAUCAAAAGCACAUUAGUGAGUAAACGGGAGGAAGGGAUGAUUUCUUCCUCUCUGGAUCUGUCACUGUUUGUAAUAUAAUUGUUUCUUGUUUUUGCAUCAUAUAUAUGUUGAACUAUUUAAUUUACAACAUCAAUAAAAUAUAAAAAUGAUAUUUUUAUUAUUUUAAUUAAUUAAACUACAAUUGCUUAAAUCUUAUAAGUACCCUACUUAGAGACAGUUCACAGACAUACUUUUAGUCUUAAAUUCUAGUGUUUACAUAUAUAAUAAUAUAGUGGAUAAUCCUAAGAUAAUCUUAACAAAGUUUUAAAUUUGUAUUUAUCAUUAUUAAACUAUAAUGGAUAAUUUUGUAUAUUUUUCAGGUAAUAUAAUUUUAAAUAAAGUUGACAAUUCAAGUCCUUUUAAUGUAAAAACUGAUGGUAUUCAUGAAGGAAAAUUUGAACAAGGAUGGAUUGUUGAUUAUUACAGGGGACCUUUUGAUGAAAUAUUUAAUAGUCUUGAAAAAAACAAUGGAAAAGUAAUUCGUGCAGGUAAUUAUAAAUAGUACACAAUCAUACUAUGAAUUAGAAUAUGAACACGUUUAAAGAAUUUUUUUUUCUCAAUAUUAUUUCAAUACAUUUUUGUUUAGCUGCUAAAGAAGAAUUUCUGAAAACGAAAUUGCCCGAUUCUGUUCUAUCAAAAAUAUGGAAAUUAGCUGACAUUGAUAACGAUGGACUUUUGGAUUCUGAUGAAUUUGCUUUAGCCAUGUAUUUAAUCAAAAUUAAAAAUGAAGGCUCUGAAUUACCAACUACUUUACCAAAUCAUUUAUUACCAUUGUCAAAACGUGUUAACUCAACUAAUAGUAUAUCAAAUCCUAUUAAAUAA